AUGAGAAAUGUAGGCUUGGAGGAUAAGCUUCGGUGUCCAUGUAUUGAUUGCUUGAAUGACAAAGAACAUACGAUCCACGUUGUUAGGAUUCAUUUGAUUCGAAGAGGGAUAACUCUUUCUUACAAGACCUGGGUGCACCAUGGGGAACUUGUUCCCGUGGUUGAACCUCUCAUACCGAAUGAAGGUCACCAUGACAUAUAUAGUGAAAUUGUAGGUGAAGAUCAGGAUGAUGGGGAUGAUUUGCCUACUAUGUUGGAAGAGGUUUGUAGGGGUUUUGCAAUGGAUGAUGAACGGGAUGAAUUACCUACUACUUUUGAUAGUGUGGAUGGGCGAAACUUUGAUAAGUUAUUUGAAGAUGCUCAAUGUAAACUAUACCCGGAAUGCACAUGGUUCAUUGUGUUGUCAUUUAUUAUUAAGAUGCUUCACAUUAAGGUGUACAACAAGUGGAGCAAUAAGUCAUUUGAUAUGGUUAUGAAAGUUUUCAAGGACACUCUACCUGAGUGUGAUGAGACUGUUCCAUGGACCAUAUAUGCUGCGAAAAUAUUCUUACGUGACUUGGGUUUGGGCUACGUUCCCAUUCAUGCUUGUAGGUAUGAUUGUGCACUAUUUUGGAAGGAGCAUGCAAAUCUUGAAAAUUGCCCCAAGUGUGAAGAGCCUAGAUACAGGUUGGACAACGGAAAGGGUAAGAAGAUCCCUCACAAGAUAUUGAGGUACUUUCCAUUGACACCAAGAUUGAAGAGAUUGUAUAUGUCCAAGAAGACUGCUACAGAUAUGAGAUGGCACAAGGAGAAACAUGUGGAUGAUGGAAUCUUGAGGCAUCCAGCUGAUGCUGAGGCAUGGAAAGACUUUGAUCGGCAACAUCCUAUGAUCGCCAUGGAUCCACGAAAUGUAAGGCUAGGGCUCGCCACCGAUGGUUUCAAUCCAUUCGGAAAUAUGAGCACAUCAUACAGUAUGUGGCCCGUUAUCCUAAUGCCUUACAACCUCCCACCAUGGAAGUGUAUGAAAGAGCCUUUCUCCAUGAUGUCAUUGCUUAUUCUUGGACGAUCGGCUCCUGGAAGAGAUAUCGAUGUUUACUUACAGCCAUUGAUUGAGGAGUUGAAGGAGUUAUGGGGGGAUGGGGUGCAAACUUAUGAUGCGAAAAACGAAGAGUCAUUUAGAAUGCAUGCUGCACUGAUGUGGACCAUCAAUGAUUUCCCUGCAUAUGGGAACAUGUUCGGGUGGACUACUAAAGGUUAUUUGGCUUGUCCCACUUGUAAUGAGGACGCAUCAUCACAAAGGUUAACAAGUAAGAUAGGGUACAUAGGUGCUCGUCGUUACUUGCCCGAGAACCACAGAUGGCGAAGGAGCAAGUUGUUUAACGGACAAAGUGAGGAAAAGACAAAGGGACGAAAAUCCAGUGCUGAAUUGGGCAAAGAGAAGCAUUCUGUUUGA